CUGUUGAACGUUAUUUUAACUAAUUAAAGUAUUAUUUGCAACAAUGAGUAGGCUGAGUCUUUUUCUAAUUUUAUUCGUGGUAUUACUCUACGCAAAACUCGGUGAAUCAUACGAUGAAAGAUGUAAUGUUAAUUACGAUGAAGGCCGGUGUAAGAUCGUAACCAGGUACCGCUACGACAGGCGCGCCCGGCGCUGCCUGCCUUUCGACUACAGGGGAGAGGGCGGCAAUAAGAACAACUUCAACACAUUAGAGGACUGCCAAUUCCGUUGCGAAAACGACAGGCCGCUAAGUAUUUUAGGCAGAUAAAUAUAUAUCUACUUUAUUGUUUAAGCAUUAUAAAAUCCGAUAUACACGUGUACAUUUUAAUGCUGAAGCUUAAAUAAAAUACUAAUAAACCUUUA